GCUUAGCUUCCGGCAGGUCAGACGCCAGGGACAAAGACGGUUCAGAGAAGACAGGAGGUUCUGGAAGAAUCGCUGCUCUUGAAAGAAGGAUGCUACAGCUGAGCCUGUCCUGGCUGGGACUGGGGUCCACGGCUGCCUUUCCAUGGCAUCUGCUGUUGCUGGGUGGGACCUCCUGGAUUCUGGCCCGAAUUCUGGCCUGCAUCUAUGUCUUCUAUGACAACUGCUGCCGCCUUCGUUGCUUCCCUCAGCCUCCUAAACCAAACUGGUUUUGGGGUCAUUUGGGCAUGAUGAAGAGCAACGAGGAAGGCAUGCAGUUUGCAGCACAAUUGGGCCACUACUUCCGUGACAUCCACCUCUGCUGGGUUGGGCCUGUCUACCCUGUCCUGAGGCUCAUCCACCCGAAGUUCAUUGCUCCUCUGCUCCAGGCCUCAGUCCAUUGCCGACCUUUGCCAUGGGCCCUGAUUUUCUCCUUUGUGUCAGCUGCUGUUGCACCCAAGGAAAUGACUCACUAUGGCCUCCUGAAGCCCUGGCUGGGUGAUGGGCUCCUGCUGAGUUCAGGUGACAAGUGGAGCCACCACCGCCGCCUGCUGACACCCGCCUUCCACUUUGACAUCCUGAAGCCCUAUGUGAAGAUUUUUAACAAGAGUGUGAACAUCAUGCACGCCAAGUGGCAGCAGCUGACCACCAAGGGCAGCGCCCAUCUGGACAUGUUUGAACACAUCAGCCUCAUGACCUUGGACAGUCUGCAGAAAUGCAUCUUCAGCUUCGACAGCAACUGUCAGGAGUCUCCCAGUGAAUACAUUGCUGCCAUUUUGGAGCUCAGCUCCCUCAUAAUGAAACGGCAGCGCCAGCUCUUCCUGCGCAUGGACUUCCUGUACUACCUCACUGCUGAUGGGCAGCGCUUCCGCAAGGCCUGUGACCUGGUGCACGACUUCACAGAUGCUGUCAUCAGGGAGAGACGCCGCACCCUCCAUAGCCAGGGUGUUGAUGAAUUCGUGAAGGCCAAGGCUAAGUCUAAGACUUUAGACUUCAUUGAUGUGCUCUUGCUGGCCAAGGAUGAACAUGGAGAAGUGCUGUCUGAUGAGGACAUUCGGGCAGAGGCUGAUACCUUCAUGUUUGGAGGUCAUGAUACCACAGCCAGUGGGCUCUCCUGGACCCUGUACAACCUGGCGAGGCACCCGGAAUACCAGGAGCGCUGCCGGCAGGAGGUGCGGGAGCUGCUGAGGGACCGUGAUCCAGAGGAGAUUGAAUGGGACGACCUGGCCCAGCUGCCCUUCCUGACCAUGUGCAUCAAGGAGAGUCUGCGGCUGCAUCCUCCGGUCACAAUGAUCUCCCGCUGCUGCACCAAGGACAUUGUGCUGCCAGAUGGUCGGGUCAUCCCCAAAGGGAAUGUCUGUGUCAUCAGCAUUUUCGGGGUUCAUCACAAUCCUUCAGUCUGGCCAGAUCCUGAGGUCUAUGACCCCUUCAGAUUUGACCCAGAAACUCCACAGAAGAGGUCACCUCUGGCUUUUAUUCCCUUCUCUGCGGGGCCCAGGAACUGCAUAGGGCAGACUUUCGCCCUGAACGAGAUGAAAGUGGCGCUGGCGCUCACACUGCUGCGCUUCCGCAUCCUGCCGGACGACAAGGAGCCGCGCAGGCAGCCGGAGCUGAUCCUGCGCGCGGAGGGCGGACUGUGGCUGCGGGUGGAGCCUCUAAGCACGGGUACACAGUGACCUCCACACCUGGCCUGGUUCCACCCCACCCACCCGCCUACCUCUUUACAUUUUUGAAUAAGUAGAACUGUUUUUUAUGCCUGAGCGGCGGCGAGGACCAAUUAAGAAUUUGACCUCAAGAUCCUCACUGCCUCCUGCUGAUGAGUGUUCUCCUGGAGCUCAAGCCUAGACUUCAUUCUAUGAGAGAUACCACAGGUGUUUUGUGUAGGAGAGGGGAACGUCUUUCCGGCAGAAUUGAGUCUCUGUGGUCAUCGAGGCAAACCCUUAAAUUCACUACUAUUUGGGUAAAGGCUUCAUUCCAUCCCCUGGCAUCUGUAUAUCCGAAGAGUCUGGAAUGUUCAGAUGGAAGCUCCAAGCCCCCUUUCCUGGUGCUGCCUCAGUCCAGACUCCACCCGUGAGAAAGUCCGCCAAACGAUGACCCCCCCCUCCCCAGGGAUGCUCAAACCACUCCCACAGGGUAUUAAAAUGCCCCCCUCCCAACAAACACAUGGUUUUCAGUCUUCCUUUCCUGGUCUCCUCUCUGUGGGGCUAGAAAGCCAUCCCAGAGCGUGAUAUCUAUUAAACCUGGGCUUUUCCUAA